GGAGGAGAGCAGAGAUUUUUCUUGGGCGGGGAAGAGAACAAAGGAAAAGACAGAAAGUGCAACGUCAGAUGGAUGGAGUGAGCCAUAGGGUUCCUUGGGCUCUGGUUUUUCAUUUUUGGUCACUGUUCUUUGAGUACUGAUGCAGGUCUCAAUUCCAAAGGAUUAAGUCCAAGCAUGUUUUUUGAAAGAUGAAGAAGAAAGGUGGCUGCUGGAGGCGCUGCUUCAGUUCCAGUUGAGGCCAAGAGAUUAAAGAAGAAGGCAUCAAGGAGGGGUUGCAGACUUGAAAGCUAAGCUGAAGAUUUUGGGAUUUACUCUCAGCCGCUCUAGCUACUCACAUAAUUGAUUCUCUCUUUCCUUUUCUUGUUUUAGCUUUCUCUAGGUUUAUUAGAUUUGUCUUUAGAUCUGAAAAAGAUAGACUACUCUUUCACAACUCACAAAUUAAUCAAAGUCAAGAUCUAUGGCUAGCUAGCUCGCAUCAUGAUGCAACAACCCACGGAUUAAACUCUGGAAUUAAUGAUUAAUGCCCAAUCACUCCCAGACCUGCUGCUGAAUUUACAUAUACCAUCGCGUUGGGGAAGAUGAUGAAAGGCUUCAUGUAUCAAGCACCACCACCAGUGGCCGAAGAGAACAUGUCCAAUUUAACUUCUGCUUCCGGCGAGGCCAGUGUCAGCUCCUCCAGCAACAGAACCGAACAGUACUUCACCACUCCACUACCAAAUAACAAUCAAACACAGCCGUCCGUGAAGAAAAAGAGAAACCUCCCAGGAAACCCAGACCCAGAUGCCGAAGUGAUAGCUUUGUCGCCGAAGACGCUGAUGGCGACGAACAGAUUUGUGUGCGAGAUUUGCAACAAGGGGUUUCAGAGGGACCAGAACCUGCAACUGCACAGGAGAGGGCACAAUCUGCCCUGGAAGCUGAAGCAAAGAACGAGCAAGGAGGUGAGGAAGAAGGUGUAUGUGUGUCCGGAGGCGAGCUGCGUGCACCAUGACCCGUCCAGGGCGCUGGGGGACCUCACAGGAAUCAAGAAGCACUUUUGCAGAAAGCAUGGUGAGAAGAAAUGGAAAUGCGAAAAGUGCUCUAAGCGGUAUGCGGUUCAAUCUGAUUGGAAAGCUCAUUCCAAAACUUGUGGCACCAGAGAGUACAGAUGUGAUUGUGGAACCCUUUUCUCUAGGAGGGACAGCUUCAUCACUCACAGAGCCUUCUGUGAUGCUUUAGCUGAGGAAAGUGCAAGGGCAAUUAACAACACCACCGCCACAACCGCCGCCAACCCACUGCUCCUCACCUCACACUCUCACCCUCACUUGCAGCAACCACCCACUUCACCCUCACUCUCUCACCUCAAUCUCCCUCCCCAGCAAUUCACCGCCGCUGCCACCGCCCACGACCUCCACCAUGCAGCGGUCCUCUCCCUCAAAAAAGAGCCCCACAGCUUCCGACCCGAGAUCCCCCCAUGGCUCGCCCCGCCCCCGAUCCUCUGCGGAGGUGGCGGCAAUGGCAACGGCCUCUCCUCCUCUUCCUCCUCCUCUAUCUUCUCCCCCAGACUAGACCAAUUGGACCCAAACCCAAACCCUAACCCUAACCAUCCGUUCCACCCACCACCACCGCCGUCCGCUCACAUGUCAGCCACUGCACUGCUGCAGAAAGCAGCUCAGAUGGGUGCAACCAUGAGCAGCAAAGCCUGCGCUCCUUCUUCACCGGCUGGGAUGGUUGGGCCCCACCAGCUGGCUCACGUGUCUUCUGUUACAACUGGGUUCGGCCUGAACUUGUCCUCACGUGAUCAUAGUUUGGCUCCAUUCGCGAAUAAAGCUGUUUCUGCUUCAGCUGGCGGUACUAAUGGUAGCACUGUCAAUGAUGGACCUAAUUGUAAUACCACUGCAAGUCUUAAUACCACUUCAAGUGCUGCAACUGCUGCUUCUCAUCUUCUUCUUCAAGACAUGGUGAUGAGCUCGUUGUCUUCCUCAUCUGGGUUUGACGGGUCUUCAUUCGAGGAUGCUUUGAACUUUGGCGGUGGUGGAGGCGGAAGUGGCGGCGGCGGUGGCGGUGGUGGGGGGAAUGAUGGGUUGACGAGAGAUUUCUUGGGGCUGAGAGCUUUCUCCCAUAGCGACAUUCUCAACAUGGCUGCUCUUGGUAAUUGCAUGAACAGUAACACUGCUCGUGAUCAACACCAGAACCCCACUACCCAAAAGCCGUGGCAAGAUGAUGAUGAUGAUGUUGGCAUAUGGACAGAGAAACCAGUUGACUUGUCGUGGUUAAAAGCUGCACCAUAAAGAUAUAUGUGUCUAUAUACAUAUUAAUAAAUCAUAUAUAUAUAUGUGCUGCAGACUGCAGCCUGCCAUGCAUGGCAUGCCCUAUAUAUGUACCUCCAUCCUUUAUUUCGAUCUGUGUAUCAUUUCUCCAUCUUAAUAAUGCCACCUUUUUUUUAUUUGA